ACAGUUACAGCAACCCGCCCUCCGCUGCCUGCAGCCCGCUCUGCUCCCUCCCCAAUCAGUCAAUCACAUUAGGGUGGCCAAUACAUAAAACAUAUAAACCCACAAAAUACAGCGCCUUCAAUUUCUCCGCUCAAAAUCAAUGCCCAAUUCACAUGUACACAUACAUAGAUUGUUAAAGACCUGAUAAUUACACCCCCACACACCUUCAAUCCACAUUUCUCUGACGCCGUUGUAUCGAACCAUCAAUUCUGUGAUGGACCCGCUGACGCUUCUCCGGGAGUACACAAUUCGGAACGUCCUCGACAAGAUCGUGCGGGUUAAUGACGAGUACCGAUUCGGCACCGAUUACUCCUUUCCGGCUGCAAUCGAGACUGCAUACCGCUCCAAGCACGGCUCGCGUUAUACGCUUGAAACCCUGAUCUACUUCAUCACCAACUACCACCUGAAGCAUGUAGAUUACAUGCAGAAUGCACGCGCCCUCAGGAUCCCUCCUGUCACGCUUCCCGACCGGAAAGCCCUCCUUGAUUACCUUACCGGAAAAAUUAAGUCUUCUGACUCCAUCCUCCCCCUCGAUUUCCCGAAUAUUCCCCACGUCGCUCCUGCUAAUGUAGAUCGUAAUCUGGAACUUGAUGGGAAUGAAUUUCCUACACUGGAUGGUUUAGUGAAUGAGAAGAAGUCGAUAGAACUAAUUAUGGCCAGGGAGAAGCCUAUCAAAGACAGGCAGGGCAUGUUGGUUUCUAAGGGCCGGGAUUUUUAUAGCGUUUUGACUUCUGCAAUGAAACGGGAUGAAGAAAGGCAAAGAAUGGAGGCGUUGCAGAGGAAGGAUAAUAUUGUUGCAAAGAAUAGAAUUGAGAGCAGGGGGAUGGGAUUAGGAGAAGAGACCACAAAGAUGCGGAAGAUUGGGGAAGGGGUGCCAAUUAUUCUGGUUCCCAGUGCAUUCUCCACUUUGAUCACAAUAUAUAAUGUGAAAGAGUUUUUGGAGGAUGGGGUGUUUAUACCCACGGAUGUGAAGGUGAAGCAGGUAAAGGGAGGGAAGCCUGAUUGCGUGACAGUGCAGAAGAAGUUUAGUAGGGAUCGGGUGGUGACAGCAUACGAAGUGAGGGAUAAGCCAUCCGUGCUGAAGAGCGAGGAUUGGGAUCGUGUGGUCGCAGUUUUUGUUCUCGGAAAGGAGUGGCAGUUCAAGGACUGGCCUUUUAAGGACCAUGUCGAGAUCUUUAAUAAGAUUCUUGGGUUUUACAUGCGUUUCGAGGAUGACAGCGUGGAAUCAGCAAAAAAUGUGAAGCAGUGGAAUGUUAAGAUCAUUUCGAUUAGUAAAAACAAACGGCACCAAGACAGAGCUGCAGCACUUGAGGUGUGGGAUAAACUUGAAGAAUUCAUGCGGUCUCGAUCUCGUUGAGGUGCAGGGGUUGAUUGUACCCUUGUGUAAUGUGGUCAUUGUUCCAACUGGGGGUCAAGAAGCUAUGUGAUAUUUACUAUGUAUUAUAUGCAGAGAGUUAGUUUUGCGUGUUGAACCAUAUUUUCAUAGUCUCCCAGAUCAUGGUAAUACAGUUUCCUAGAACUCUUUCAGUUAUCAUGUUGACUUGCUUCAUGUACAAACAUGUCUUAGAUGAAUGGGAAGUGCUCAACUUCUUUUGUGUAAUUUUGAAGUUUUUCUGGGAAAUAUUUAUUAUUUUUGUA